UCUCUGCUUUGUUCCAACAUAGUUCCCUGCAGAGUUGCCAGGGUUGUUCAAGUUGGAAUUUUCUGUCUGUCGACGACCAGUGCAAAAAAUAACAAUACCAUGGGAAACAACUUUCUUAUUUGGAUCCUCAUAUUUUGUAUGUUUUAUACAGUGUCAGGAGAAGGUUGCUCCCUCAUUCUCAAGCCGUCCCGGGUUGUGGUGGGCUUUGGUGAGUCGGUGACAGUCAACUGUGAAGCCACACGGCCAGUUCGUGUCCUUGGCUGGGAAUCAGCCAUCAGUGCGGUGCACACGCAGGAGGACCGGUCUGUCCAGUGGAAGGUAGACAGUCUUAUUGACUGGAUAGAGGAACCCAUUUGCUAUGGGGUUUUUUUCACAGCUCCGAGACAGUGUGAGGAGAAACUGAACCUUGUCCUCUACAAAUCCCCAGACAGCAUUUCCAUCAGGCAGACAAACCACACUGGCUCCAUGGUGGAAGGAAAAGAGUACCAGUUGCUCUGUGAGGUUCAGAAUAUUGCUCCUGUCCAGUAUCUCACACUAAGGUGGUACCGAGGUCAAACUGAGGUUUAUCAGCACUCCUUCUCUGACCUCACAUCUUCUUCACCCGUCCAAGUGUCCUCUACCCUCAUCAUCACGCCAACAAAAGCAGAGAACGAUGCAGAGUAUAAGUGUGUAGCAGAGCUGGAGCUUGGGCCAGAGGGUCCACUGCCCCCUCCCACUCUGGCCUCAGAGCCCCUCACUGUGUCCAUAUACUUCCCUCCAACAUUUCUAAGUCCUGAAACAGAGGUGUUAGACUUUACCGCAGGAGCUGAAAUCACCUUUAACUGCACAGCCACAGGAAACCCUGAGCCUGUAUACAGCUGGCAAUCAUCCCAUCUCACAGAUGAGCGGAUGAAGGCGGAAGCAGUUAUCACUUCCUCCUCGCUGCUCCCAGGGACCUACACGUGCACAGCCUCUAACAUGCUGGAAAAGAAGAGCAAGCAGUUCAUUAUCAAAGAAAAGAUCAAAGGUGUUUGAAGCUUGCUGUCUUGGGUUGGCCUCCUGUCUGACUCAUGGGGAAAUUUCCACCAUGUUGAUUUUACUGUUGCCACUUUGGAGAUGGGAAAGAUGACAAAUUUAUGAUUCAGUGAUGAUGGGGAUCAUUUUACCAUCCAGAGUUAGAUAUAGAUAUAUAUGUGUGUGUGUUGUCUAAAGGUAGAUUUCACAUUUUAGGAUUUACUUUUGAUAUUUGUGGUAUAAUUUAUAUUUUUGCUAGCCUUAUUUACCCACUAAUGUAAUGAAGUCCUGUAACAUUUGAAAAAAACGCAGCUACUAUUGGCACUGCAAUGAAUAGCAGCAGAGAAUUACUGUAAAUAUGAGUUGUUUCUUGGUUUGAUUUUCUUAUCUUUAUCAAUAAAAGUUUAAUAAAAAUAA